AACUGGCAUUGUUUACAAACAGUUUGUGUGUAAUUUAUUUCAUUUUUUAUUUCUUUACCAAAAAUAAUAAAAUACUAAAAUGAUUCGUAAAAAGCAUUUAACACUGAAUAGUAAUUUAAAUAAGACAAAAGAAAAUCGUAGUGCUAAAGUAACAGUGCAAUAUAUACAAGAACAACAACAAUUAAUACAGAAAUCUGAUAACACUAGUAGAGAGGAACAAGAUGAUCUUGAAAUAGAAAAUGUAGAAUAUUUGGAAGAAACUCCCAAUGUAGAGGAAUAUAUAGAAGAGCCGAGUGAAAAAAAUGAUUUGGAAGAUAAUUUCUAUCCCAAUGCUAUACACUGUCUUUUGGAUUUGUAUAAAACUAAAUACGAAGAAUUUAACCCAAAAAAUGAUUCGGUUAAAGUGAGUCAAAUAUGGCGUGAUAUAGCCAAAGAUAUGCAAGAAAGUUUCUUUGAAUUUAAUGAACAUCAAAUACAACAAAAAUAUGUAUGUUUAAGGGAACAAUAUUUUAAGGUUCACAGUAAAGAAGAUGUAGAACAUUUUGAUUAUUUUGAGCAGUUACAUGCAAUUUAUAAAGAUCCUGGAAAGGAGAAUAUUUUAAAAGGUUUAAAUGCGUCUAAUGAAGUUGCAAUUUAUUAUAAAGAUGAAAUAUUACUGCAACUGGAGCAAUUGGACAGUAAUGAAAAUCAUCAAUUACAUGAUUUUAAAAGUGAGGAGAUUGUACAUAAAGAACAUGAAUUUAUAGAUAUGGUGGAGAAAGAAUUACAGGCGAUGGAAGAGGGUUUACAUAUAGAAGACACUAAAGAUAUCAUUCAAGAAGGAAAAACAAGCAUAAAAGUAAUUACAGAUACGAAAAGUAAUAAAGAAGCUUUGAUGUCUUCAGAAAAGCAGCAAACACAAGCUAUAAAAAGAAUACUGUCAGACACAGAACCUUGUUUGGAGGAACCUCCAAACAGGAAACAAAAAUGGAAUGAUUACUACGAAAUUAAGGAGUUGAUAACAGAACCUCUAACUAACGGUCCUAAAACUAAAAAUGAUUUUACUUUAUAUCACUAUAAUCAACAGCAAGAACGUAGACAUCGUGAAAAAAUGUCUUUAUUAGAGAAAAGUUUACAACUACAAGAACGUGCUCUGGAACAGCAAAAUCAAUUAUUACAAGAACUAAUAAAACGUUUGCCUUUAUAAGUUAAUAUAGCUGUUUGAAAGUUUUUCUAUAUAUUUUUAAUUACGUAAUUAAAGAAUUUCAUCUACCAUAAGGUAAAUCUUCAAA